AGGGGGAGAGAGCGUGCGCGUGGUGUGUGUGUGUGCGAAACGGAGAGAGAGAGAGAGAGAGAGAGAGCAAGAUCGUGGUGUGUGUGCGUGUGUGUGUGUGGAAAAAGGAAGCGGAGCCUGUUAACGGCGAACUCGCUGGUUUCCUACCCCUCGAAACAAGCGCUAUGUUACUUUGCUUGUGGACACUGUCAUCGACAGCAACAACAACACGGCCAAAGGGAAUAGGAGCAGUUUCGAGGGGGGACUCGCUAGCGCUGUAGUGCCUUUGAUCGGGCUCAUUCCGGACGUGAGCAGCCUAUCAGUAAAGUGAAACCGUCUUUUGUUGAAGCAAGUGCUCGCCUGAGUCCCUCCGUGCGGGUGGCGUUUUCUUCUUUCAGUGGGGGGAUACAAAAAAGAAGAAGAAAAAGUGUCCGUGUUCGCCUCGUUUUUGUCCCGGGUCUUGGAUUAAGUCCAGCUGGCUUGCCUUUUUAAGUUCGGUGGGUCAUCCUGGGCAAGGAUCGCGUUUUGAACUUGUUUGCAGCAGUCUGUGGGACUCCCAAAGAAUCAGCAGACUGGCGGCUUUUCUGAAACACUGGGGUUGUUGGAGUGGCCAAAUUUUCCCUGGAUUUGACUGGUAAAUUCAGAAGACUGAAGCCCAGGCUCACAGUCUACCUUUCACGGAGGCCCAGCCGUGAGAGGACUGAGGAAGGCACGUGGCGGAUCAUGACGGCCGAUAAAGAAAAGGAACGGGAGAAAGAGCGGGACAGGGACAGAGACAGGGACCGGGACAAAAGAGAGGCCGGCAAGUCCCGCCGGCAGGAUGGGGACCGGGGCGACCGUGAAAGCGAAAGCUCUCGGCCCCGACGCAGCUGUACGCUGGAGGGCGGGGCCAAGAACUAUGCAGAGAGCGAGCACAGCGAUGACGACGACAACGGCAGCACCGGCGGAGGCAGCGGCACGGCCGAGGAGGCUGGCAAGAAGGGCAAAAAGAAGAUGCCUAAGAAGAAAUCACGCUACGAGCGCACAGAGAACGGCGAAAUCACGUCCUUCAUUACAGAAGAUGAUGUUGUUUACAGACCCGGAGAUUGUGUGUACAUUGAGAGUCAGCGGCCCAACACUCCCUACUUCAUUUGUAGCAUUCAGGAUUUCAAGCUGAGUAAACGGGACCAUCUGCUGAUGAAUGUGAAAUGGUACUACCGCCAGUCAGAGGUGCCUGACUCCGUCUACCAGCACCUGGUGCAGGAUCGCAACAAUGAGAACGACUCUGGCCGGGAGCUGGUCAUCACAGAUCCAGUGGUCAGGAGUCGAGAACUCUUUAUCUCGGACUACGUGGACACUUAUCAUGCUGCUGCUCUCAGGGGGAAAUGCAACAUUUCCCAUUUCUCUGACAUUUUCGCUGCCCGGGAGUUCAAAGCCCGCAUGGACUCCUUUUUCUAUAUCCUUGGAUAUAACCCAGAGACCAGGCGACUAAACAGCACACAGGGGGAAAUCCGAGUGGGACCCAGUCACCAAGCCAAGCUCCCGGAGCUGCAGCCUUUCCCCUCCCCUGGUGGCCAGGCCGUAACCGAGAAUGAGGAGCUGGUCUGGAUGCCAGGGGUCAAUGACUGUGACCUUCUCAUGUACCUCAGAGCUGCAAGGAGCAUGGCUGCCUUCGCAGGGAUGUGUGAUGGAGGCUCAACAGAAGAUGGGUGUCUAGCAGCGUCUCGAGAUGACACUACAUUAAACGCACUUAACACUCUUCACGAGAGCAGCUACGACGCCGGCAAGGCUCUGCAGCGUCUGGUGAAAAAGCCGGUACCCAAACUGAUAGAGAAGUGCUGGUCUGAGGAUGAAGUGAAGCGCUUCAUUAAAGGGUUGAGACAGUUCGGCAAAAACUUCUUCAGGAUCCGGAAAGAGCUGCUGCCCAACAAAGAGACGGGAGAGCUGAUUACUUUCUACUACUACUGGAAGAAGACUCCCGAGGCAGCCAGUUGUCGAGCCCAUCGCCGACACCGUCGUCAGCCCGUCUUCCGCCGCAUCAAGACACGGACCGCCUCAACUCCCGUCAACACUCCUUCACGCCCGCCGUCGAGCGAGUUCUUGGACCUCAGCUCAGCCAGUGAAGAUGACUUUGACAGUGAAGACAGCGAACAGGAGCUAAAAGGCUACGCCUGCCGCCACUGCUUCACGACCACCUCCAAGGACUGGCACCACGGGGGCCGCGAGAACAUCUUGCUGUGCACCGACUGCCGCAUUCACUUCAAGAAGUACGGUGAGCUGCCCCCCAUCGAGAAGCCCGUGGACCCUCCGCCAUUUAUGUUCAAACCUGUCAAAGAGGAAGAGGAUGGACUCAGCGGGAAGCAUAGCAUGAGGACCCGACGGAACCGAGGCUCGAUGUCGACGCUACGUAGUGGUCGUAAGAAGCAGACAGCCAGUCCUGAUGGCCGAGCCUCACCCACCAACGAGGAUUUGCGCUCUAGCGGACGUACUUCACCCAGCGCAGCCAGCACUGACAGCACCGACAGCAAGACGGACUCCAUGAAGAAGCCAAGCAAAAAGAUUAAAGAGGAAGCUCCUUCACCUAUGAAGAGUGCCAAACGGCAACGGGAGAAAGGAGCUUCAGACACAGAGGAGCCCGAGAGGGCCAACGCCAAAAAGUCCAAGACACAAGAGCUGAGUCGGCCAGACUCGCCUUCAGAAUGCGAGGGAGAAGGAGAGGGAGAGGGCGAGAGCUCUGAUGGGCGGAGCAUCAACGAGGAGCUCAGUAGUGAUCCUAAAGACAUUGAUCAGGACAACCGGAGCUCUUCGCCGAGCAUCCCGAGCCCCCGUGACAAUGAGAGCGACUCGGACUCCUCUGCCCAACAGCAGCAGCUCCUGCAGAGCCAGCACCCUCCAGUCAUCCAGUGUCAACCGGGCACCUCAGCCGCCUCUUCGGCGCCCCCUCCACCCACAACCUCAGCCCCCUCACUGCCUCCGCAGGUUUCCCCUGCUGCAGCCUCCAGCUCUCUACCUCCCCAGCCUCUGCCCCAGGCAAGCCCAAUGUCUCUAAUCCAGUCAGGAGCAUCCCUGCACCCUCAAAGGCUUCCCUCUCCACACUCACCUAUGACUCAGGCUCCGCCUCCUGGCCCCCCAGUUCCACCUCAGUCAUUACCCAGCCCGCAUCACGGACCCAUGCCUCCCAUGCCUCACCCGUUGCAGCCGGGCCCCUCACACAUGGCUCACCCUCACUCCAUCACCCCUCAGGGAUUCCCUGUGGGUCCGUCUCAGGUCCCACCCCCGCCGGUCUCUGGCCAAUCACAACAGAGGGCUCACACACCUCCUUCUCAGUCCCAGUCAUCUUCUCAGAGCGGCGCCCAGCCUCCCAGAGAGCAGCCCUUGCCCCCCGCACCAAUAUCUAUGCCUCACAUCAAGCCCCCGCCAACUACACCCAUCCCUCAGAUACCCAACCCACAGUCUCACAAACACCCGCCCCACGUAUCGGCACCUCCAUUCCCUCAGAUGCCUUCAAACCUGCCUCCGCCUCCUGCCCUCAAGCCUCUCAGCUCUUUAUCCAACCAUCAUCCUCCAUCAGCACAUCCGCCUCCCCUCCAGCUCAUGCCUCAAGGCCAGCAGCUUCAGCCUCCCCCAGCCCAGCCUCCAGUUCUCACCCAGUCACAGAGCCUCCCACCUUCAGCCAGCCACCAACCUCCUCCAGCUCCUCCUCUGCCACCCUCCGCAGCAGCCUCACAUCCCAGCGGGCCACCUCAGCAACCUUUCUCAUCUCAUCCUUUCAGUACAGUUCUACCUCCAACCGCCCCUCCCCCAUCAUCAUCAAACUCUAUGCCUGGCUUGCAGCCUCCUCCUGCUUCGGCUCCAUCCUCUUCCAUCUCCAUGCCACUUCCUGCCUCUGUCACCUGUGCUGGCCCGGGCACAGCGGUCCCACCCAUGCACAUCAAAGAGGAGCCUUUGGACGAGUCGGAAGAGCCAGAGAGCCCACCACCCCCGCAGAGAAGCCCCUCCCCGGAGCCUACAGUCGUCAAUACGCCCAGCCAUGCCAGCCAAUCAGCACGUUUCUACAAGCACUUGGACCGGGGGUACAACUCGUGUGCUCGGACCGAUUUCUACUUCACGCCCCUGGCUUCAUCUAAACUGGCCAAGAAGAGAGAGGAAGCUCUGGAGAAAGCCAAACGGGAAGCAGAACAGAAAGCCAGGGAGGAAAAAGAGAGAGAGAGGGAAAGGGAAAAGGAGCGAGAAAGAGAGCGGGAACGAGAAAAGGAAGCUGAGAGAGCCGCGAAAGCCUCCAGUUCAUCUCACGAAGGCAGAAUGAGCGAACCUCAGAUGGCCGGCCCCGCCCACAUGCGUCCACCCUUCGACGGUCCCCCCACUACUAUUGCAGCUGUGCCUCCCUACAUUGGCCCCGACACACCCGCCCUACGCACCCUCAGCGAGUAUGCCCGGCCCCACGUCAUGUCCCCCACCAAUCGAAACCACCCGUUCUUUGUGUCACUCAACCCCGCAGACCCGCUGCUAGCUUAUCACAUGCCCAGCUUAUACAACGCUGACCCAGCCAUGCGGGAGCGUGAGCUUCGAGAGCGGGAGAUGCGCGAGAGAGAGAUUCGCGAGAGGGAGCUGAGGGAAAGGAUGAAACCUGGUUUUGAGGUCAAGCCUCCAGAGAUGGACACACUCCACCCUUCCACAAACCCCAUGGAACACUUUGCUCGCCACGGGGCCAUCACGUUGCCCCCCAUGGCCGGCCCUCACCCUUUCGCCUCCUUUCAUCCCAGCCUGAACCCAUUAGAGCGUGAGCGGCUAGCCCUUGCGGGGCCCCAGCUGCGCCCAGAAAUGAGCUACCCAGAGAGGCUGGCAGCAGAGAGACUCCAUGCAGAGAGGAUGGCAACAGUGGCCAAUGACCCCAUCGCUCGUCUGCAGAUGUUCAAUGUCACGCCGCACCACCACCAGCACUCACAUAUUCACUCCCAUCUCCACCUCCACCAGCAAGAUCCCUUACACCAAGGUGGUGGUGAAUGUCUUGUGUGUCCUCCAGGUUCCGGCGGCCAUCCGCUGGCAGUAGAUCCCCUGGCCGGACCUCACCUGGCACGCUUCCCUUACCCACCCGGCGCCAUCCCCAACCCUCUCCUGGGCCAGCCGCCGCACGAACACGAGAUGCUGCGACACCCAGUUUUUGGUACUCCAUACCCACGGGACCUACCAGCAGGUAUUCCACCAACUAUGUCGGCGGCCCACCAGCUGCAGGCCAUGCACGCCCAGUCGGCCGAGCUCCAGAGGCUAGCCAUGGAGCAGCAGUGGCUGCACGGGCACCAUCACAUGCACGGAGGACCACUGCCUGGCCAGGAGGACUACUACAGUCGACUGAAGAAGGAGAGCGACAAGCAGCUGUAACGAGCCGAGGGAGGCGGCGACUGACAGGUGCAGGACACAGGAAGUUGUUACAGAGCAGUUUCAAAGAGGCUCUUCAGGAUCCUCUGAACACUUUCAGUUUUGACGAAUAGAAAAAGCCAAGUGAAUCGUCUGAGAUUUCUCCUGAGGUUUUUGUUUUUGUUCAUGUCGAGGACCUUUUUUCUUUUCUUUUCUUUUAAUUAUUAUUUUCCAAGACAUUGACUUUCUUUGGUAUAUAGCCAGUAGUGACAACAUCCUCAAGACUCCUGCAUGACAAGCUUCCCUGAUGUUUUUUUUUUUUUUGUAGGUGCUAGAACAAGACACUGUGCUUAUUACAAAACGAACAAACAAAAAAAAAAAAGAAAAAGCCGAGACCGGUCAGACCAUUUAUGGAAAAAUAACAAGUGCUAUCUUAAAUUCAACAUUUAUUUUAAUACAUUGUUGGAGGUUUUUCAUAAUUUUAAGAAAAGCUACAGCAUGGCGUUUUUGAGUCUGUAAAUAGUAUAUAUAAACAUAUAAUUAUUAUUAUAAUUAUUAUUAUUACUAGGUGUGGACUCCAAACCAAGUCGUUUCAACCUCCAGUUAUAAUUGUUUCAAAGCAUUAUCCCUUGUUUCAGAGGGGAGCACCAUGGCAUUAUACGAGCAGUUUCUGAGAGUUACGGUUGCGUUGUGACGUUCCUCUGACAUCACUGUGUUUAGAUUUAGCCACACAUGCACUAUGUAAACCAUCAGCCUGUCACGCCAACCACAUCCAUUCAUCGCCUUCCACGCUCGGCCGGUUGAACUCGGCGUGUGGACUUUUAACGAUGGGGGAAGCACUUGAAGAAGUGACACCGUGAUCGCUGACGCUUCUGUGGAGUGCACGCUGAGGAUGGAGGGAAGAUAUUAAAAAAAAAAAGAGUUUGCACUGAAGGAGCGUCCUCGAGCUCAGCUGAUUUUAUCCAUUUUGAUUGCAAUUACUAUUUAAGAGCCAAAUGAAUCCUCUACUUUUAGGAUUUCUUUUUAAAGGAUAUGUGGUCACCUGAAACAUCGGCUGAAUGAAAGAAAUUUGGGGGGGAAAUUGCUUUGAUUUUUUUUAAACAGUGUUCACUGUAACAGGAGCCUGACAGGACUGUUUUUGUUGUGUGAAUGAGUGGCUGUGAGUCUGUUCUAGUUUGUCUUCUAACUGUCCCCCCCCACCUUUUUUUUUCUUUUCUUUUCUUUCCCCCGUCCCGUCAUCGGUGUUUGUUGCAGGGCUCAAAUCCGACUGAGCCAUCCUCCACCUAGGCUGUAAUAAUGUUCACUGUGACACUAGAGGGGGGCCUGCCGACACUUGACCUCCAGGAGGUGUAAGGUCGAUGAUGUUUGUGCGUGCCUGUGUGUGUGUGUGUGUGUGUGUGUAUUUUUUUUGUACGCCUUGGUUCCUUAGGGAUACACAUGGCCUUCUGAGGCCUCAGAGGUGGUGUUUGUUUCUGCCACUGACUGUUACAUGUAGUAUUGACCCGUCAUUACCAGUGCACACGAGCCCACGUUUUUCUUUCUGUAGCCCAUGACACAGAUUCUGCAAUUAUUCCAUGCACUAAGACUGUUUGACCGUCAUGGACGAUUUGAUUUGAUUUUAUAAUUGUAUAAUUUUAUUUUAACUAAUCAAAGAAACUGUACUUGCAUUUAAAAGCGACCAUAUCGUCCUAUGGAGCACUAUCAUUUACCACACUCGCGUCUCUGAAGCUCUGACAACAGCCUGUCCACUCUUGUCUUUCCAUCGCCCACCAAUUUAUCCCUCGCCCCACCAUGUCUCCUCACAACCUACUCUUCUUCAGCAUCAUCAUCAUCAUCUCCUCCUGACGAUCCCUCACCUCCUACUCCCUCUUUUUUGUGUCUCCGAAGCCUUUGAUGUUAAGUGUUGUCAAUGGUUUAGCUUCUUGUUUCAAAGCGGCAAUAGCAGAAUGUAAAUUCUGACUGCUAAGAUUUAUAUAUAUACUGGUAUCUUGAAGCUUAUUGUAUAUAUGAGUAGUCACCAUGGGAUGACACAAUGUAAACAAAAAAGUAGAAAUAAUAAGAAAAAUUGUGAGUCCUGUGUUCUCUCCAUUUGAGUAUUUUGUAAUUUUUUUGAAAAAUUUGUGGAAUUAAAAUAAAAAACAACUACGUUACACCACAA